AUGUCAACCCAAAACCCAGCAACAACAACAACAACAACGACAACAACAAUCCCCCAAACCAUGAAAGCAUGGCAAUGGACAAUCUGCCCCACAACCCUCGAGGCUGCCCUCCAUCUCAACACUUCAACCCCUUUACCAACAUCCGCCCGCGCCCUCGCACCAGGAGAAUCCCUCAUACGCAUCCACUUUGCCACCCUAAACCCCAUCGACUACAAAAUCGCCGAACUGCCGAUUGUAGGCCGCCUGGCGCUCCCCAAGCCCGCAACCCCCGGUUUGGACUUUUCAGGCGAAGUCGUCGACGUUGGGCCCGACAGCAGUGUCGAGAUUGGGCAGCGCGUGUUUGGCAAAUUGGAGCCGAAGCAGCAGUUUGGCACGCUGGGCGAGUAUGUGGUUGGGUCGAGGGAGGGCACUGUGCCUAUGCCUAAGGGUGUUUCCAUGGUGGAUGCGGCGACGUUGGGUGUGUGCGGGUUGGUGACGUAUCAGAGUCUUGUGCCGCGGGUGAAGGCUGGUGAUCGCGUGUUGAUCAAUGGUGGUUCGGGGGGAACAGGCACGUUCGCGAUACAGAUUGCAAAGGCAUUGGGGUGUUGGGUCACGACGACUUGCUCGGGGGCAAACGUGCAGCUGUGUAGGGAUUUAGGGGCGGAUGAGGUUGUGGACUAUCGCAAAGAGGAUAUAUCUUCAGUGUUAGGAAGAAAGGAGUACAAGUUCGAUUUGACACUAGACAAUGUGGGCCUGCCGCUAGAUUUGUAUUGGAAUUCUCCAGACUUCACCAAGCCUGGUGCGAAGUACACUCAGAUUGGAUCUCAGGUCAGCGUGCCGUUUCUAUAUGAUCUCGCCUUUCGUUUCUUAGUCCCGGCCUGGUUGGGCGGAGGACAGAGGCCGUUUACGUUUGGAUUAGCAUCCACCAAUCGCGAGGACUUGGCCAAUCUGGGGGGUUUCAUUCGGACUGGCGAGGUCAAGCCAGUGAUUGGCGAGGUCAUGGAGUUUGGAGAGGUGAAGAGAGGGUACGAGAAGUUAAGGACUGGGCGAUCAAAAGGGAAGAUCGUUGUAAGGGUGUAUGGUGGAGAACGACAUGUCUAG